ACCAAGUUUCUUUCUUUCCGGUUAACCAUGCCUUUCCAGAGGUUUGUACAGACUGGCCGCAUAGCCAAAUGCUCAGCGGGACCCUUGAAGGGCCGCCUAGUUGCCAUUGUUGAUGUUAUAGAUCAAACACGGGUGCUCGUCGAUGGUCCCUUGACCGGUGUACCACGUCAGGAAUACAGAUUGAGUAAUCUGCAUCUGACCAAAUACCGCAUCAAGUUCCCCUUCACUGCCCCUACACGUAUUGUGCGUAAAGCAUGGAAGGACAGCGACAUGAAAGCCCAAUGGAAGGCUAGCCCGUGGUCGGCAAGGUCACAGAAUAUUUGCAAGCGCUCCCACUUGAACGAUUUCGACCGUUUUAAGCUGCGUUAUGCCAAGCGUCAACGUAACAAGUUGCUUACCAUUGCCUUCAACACACUGAAGAAGCGUACCAAGUCUGACGGUACAGAGCGUAAAUUGAAGAAGGACAAGCGCGAGCGCAUCCGUGAAUUGAAGGCGCAAGGUGUGAAGAAGGGUGCUGCUAAAAAGUAAACACCAUUUUUAACUUUUCAGCUUAGUAUACUCGUGUACUAGUUGACUACUUUUCGGAGGAAAAUAAAGUUAUUUUAUAGGAAUAAAGAA